AUGUCUGAAUCAAUCCCGGAGGCUCGUCUUGUUACGAUUCGGCAGUGGCCAGAUAAUCCUGGCUAUGGCUUCGUCCUUGAUAAGGGUACCGGCAAAGGAUUUGUUAAAGUCAAGAAGGUGAACCCAGAUACCCCAGCGGCUGCCGCUGGUGUACUGGAGAAUGACUUAGUAAUAGAAAUCAACAAUACUUCAGCAGAAAACGUCAAAUAUGAGGACAUCGUUUCGAAGAUCAAAGCUAAUCCAAACGCUGUUAACCUUAUGCUCUUACAGCCGGCUGAGAAGGAUUGUCUACAGGCUAGAGGAUACAAGAUAAAUUCUAAAUCCUGCCCACUUUACACAGUAGUAGGCCGGAGCGCACCCGAUGAACAAACGAAGGUAAAUGCAAUAAUUGCACUCUAA